AUUAAGAAAUAUAAUACAUUAGUAAUGGAAAGAAAACAAGUGGCGAUCGUGGGUGCCGGAAUCAGUGGCCUGCUUGCUUGUAAAUAUUGUCUUUCCAAAGGAUUCAAUCCCAUUGUUUUCGAUUUAGAAUCCGAGAUUGGUGGUGUUUGGUCUAAAACCAUCAAAACCACAAGGCUUCAAGCACCCAAAGGUUUGUACCAGUUUUCUGACUUCCCAUGGCCCGAUUCUGUCACGGACCACUUCCCUACCCAACAACAAAUGCUAGAUUACUUUCGGUCUUAUGCCAACCACUUCCAUCUCAUGCCACAUAUUAAACUGAAUUCACGGGUUACGGGAAUCAGCUAUGACGGGCCAACGUCCGAGACAUGGUCGUUAUGGAAUGGCAUUGCCGAAACAUGCCCUCCUAAAGGGAAAUGGAAUGUUACCGUGGAGGAUACUCGAACCACCCUAACCCGGGUUUACAAUGUGGACUUUGUGAUUCUGUGUUUGGGAAGAUUCAAAGACGCACCAAACAUGCCAGAAUUCCCUGCUGGAAAAGGUCCAGAAGUUUUCCAAGGCAAAGCGAUACACUCCAUGAAAUACGCAACCAUGGAUCACGACGAAGCUGCAGAAUUCGUCAAAGGGAAGAAGGUCGUUGUGGUGGGGUUUGGAAAAACAGGUCUUGAUAUUUCUAGGGAGUGCGCGUCGGUCAAUGGCCCGGAACUUCCUACGACAAUAUUGUAUAGGCGUGAUCACUGGAAGCUACCGGACUGGGCUCCAUGGGGAUACCCCAUGACGUAUUUCUAUUUUAACCGCUUCUCUCAGCUUUUGGUUCAUAAGCCCGGUGAAGGUUUUCUGCUCAGUCUCCUUGCCACGUUACUUUCACCUUUACGUUGGGGAGUCUCGAAGCUUGUUGAAAGCUAUGUGAAAAAGAAGCUUCCUCUUGCUAAGUAUGACAUGGUGCCACAACAUAGUCUCUCAAAAGACAUGCGCUCGUGUUUGAUCCUGUAUAUGCCGGAUCCAGACAACUUUUUUGAUACUGUUGAAAAAGGAAGCAUCAAGUUGAGGAAAUCUCAGAGUUAUAGUUUUUAUGAAAAAGGGAUUUUGACCGAUGAGACAACACAGAUAGAAGCAGAUAUUGUUAUUUUUGCUACCGGAUUCAGAGGUGAAGAAAAGCUCAAAAAUGUUUUUGAAUCGUCAAAAUUUGGUCAAUUCAUUGCGGGCUCACCACGAGUCCCUCUUUACCGGGAAUGCAUUCAUCCAGAAAUACCACAGCUUGCGGUUAUUGGGUUUUCUGAAAGUCUUUCAAAUCUUUACAUAUCGGAAAUGAGGGCUAAAUGGGUAGCAGCCCUUCUCGAAGGAGCGUUCAAGUUACCAAGUGUUGACGAGAUGGAAAGAGAUAUCGAGAGAUGGGAUGAGUAUAUGAAACAAUCAAGUGAAGAAUAUCAUUACCGCUCAUCAGUUGGCACUUUAGAGAUUUGGUACAAUGACCAGUUGUGCAAAGAUAUGGGCAUGAAACCUAUGAGGAAAAGUGGAAUGUUGGCUAACCUUUUCGAACCUCAUGGUCCCAUGGACUAUGCCUAAAAUUGAACCCGGUUGAAAGACAUUUCAUCUUCAAUCUCUUAACCAGUAGGCUUCAUUUAGAGGCUAUACAUUACUAAGGUUUAUGGAUUCAUUAUUUCAAGCUAGGGUCGGCUUGUUGCCGGCUUACCUUCCAUUUCUAUGUAAAAUUUCCAUCUCACUUUAAUUGUCCAAAUUUGAAUUGUCAUGUCUCUUGUCUUGUAU